AUUAUGAUAUUGAGGGAACUGGUGAUAUUGAUGAAGCUGUUGAGAUCGAUAACACUGAUGAAAUUGAUGAAUUUGGCGAAUUUGUUGAAAUUUAUGAAAACGCUGAGAAAGAGACUAGUGAAAUUAAUGCAGCUAGAAUAUUGAUAGAUGAG